UAAUGCAGUUGGUCCAUAGUCUAACAGUUCCAUUAUCCUAGCCUAUAAAAGUAGCCACUCUGGCUUUUGUUUUCUGCCUCAUUCUUUUCCAUUCCUUAAUCUUGGCUUAAAAUAAAUUUUCCAAAUUCGUUCUUCUGUUUUCUGUGUUCAAAAUGGCUUGUGGCAUGAAACUAUUGUUGGUAGCAAUUGCUCUAUCUUUGGUGUUGAACACUCAACAUUUUGUUCAGGGAAAGCCACAGGUGCGAGAGCCACAGGUGGAAGAGCCACAGGUGCCCUGCUUUUUCAUAUUUGGAGACUCUGUGUCUGAUAAUGGCAACAACAACUUGCUUCCCACAUUUGCCAAAGUCAACUACAGUCCCUAUGGCGUUGACUUUCCUCAGGGCCCAACAGGAAGGUUCUGCAAUGGCCGAAACAUAGUUGAUGUGCUUGCUGAGCUUCUGGGAUUUGAAAACUACAUUCCACCAUUUGCAUAUGCCAAUGGCUCUGAAAUAGUUAAAGGAGUGAAUUAUGCAUCUGGUGCAGCAGGAAUUCGAAAAGAAAGUGGGAGUCAGUUGGGUGCAUGUAUCAGCAUGGGAGAACAGCUGAAGAAUCACAGAACCACAGUCUUGCGAAUUAUCGACAUACUUGGGAAGAGAAGCUUAGCCAAAAAGCACUUGAACAAGUGCUUAUAUUCAGUUGGGAUGGGCAGCAAUGACUACAUUAACAAUUACUUCCUGCCUCAGUAUUACCAGACCAGUCAAAAAUAUACCCUUGAGGAAUAUGCAGAAGUUCUUAUCAAACAAUACACCCAGCAAAUACUGAGGUUGCGCAAGUAUGGAGCAAGGAAGGUUUCUUUGGUUGGCCUGGGGCUAAUUGGCUGCACCCCAGAUGCAAUUAAGACCUAUGGUACCAAUGGAUCUUCUUGUGUGGAAAAAUUGAACAAUGCAUCCCAACAAUUUAAUCAAAAGCUUGUGGCUCUUGUUGAUGAGCUCAACACCAAUUUUACUGAUUCAAAAUUCAUCUAUGUCAACAGCUAUGAAAUGGGCUCAGGGGACCCUACAUUAGUUGGGUUCAAGGUUUUGGAUGCUGGGUGCUGUGAAGUGGAUGAAUAUGGUCAAUGUGCUCCUAACAAAACUCCAUGCCAGAAUAGGACUGAUUAUGUUUUCUGGGACGGAUUUCAUCCUAGUGAGGCCUCCAAUUUAAUCACUGCCAGCAGAACCUACUCAGCUUAUAACGCUUCAGACACUUAUCCAAUGGAUAUCAGUCACUUAGUUCAGCUACAACUUGAGCCUCAAGUCACAGCGAUCUAGUUACCUAGAAGCCUAGAAUCCUUGCAAAUAAAAUUAAUGUGAAAAUCUUUUCUUCAUCUAAGCAACAAAUAUGUUUGUUGCUAAAUAAGAAUGUAAUUGUCACAUAUCGUAUGCAUUUUUUCCGUUGAUAAGUUGGGUUUUACCAACUAACUUUUGAUCUAA